AUGGCGACACUCAGACACAGCUUCUGUACUGGUUCUUAUAUAGUUUUGGUUGAGAUAGUAUUAAUAAUAUUAGCUAGAUCAUGCGUUUUGGGACGAUUCGUAGUGGAGAAGAGCGGAAUAAGCGUUCUUUCUCCUUAUGAUCUGAGAUCGAAGCAUGACGGAGCCAUCGCCAACUUUGGAGUGCCCAACUAUGGAGGAUCCAUGAUCGGCUCUCUCAUAUAUCCCCAGAAGGGCUCUAACGGCUGCAAUCCCUUUGACAGUGAGAAUACCUUCAAGUCCACUUCUCCUCGUCCAACUGUCCUACUCGUCGACCGUGGAGAGUGCUACUUCGCGCUGAAGGUGUGGAACGGACAAAGAGCAGGUGCUGCGGCAGUUUUAGUGGCAGAUAGCAUAGAUGAGCCUCUGAUCACUAUGGACUCCCCAGAAGAAAGUUCAGGUAAUGACGAGUACAUAGAAAAGAUUGGGAUCCCAUCAGCGCUGAUCCAACGAUCGUUUGGGAAUAGCCUGAAGACAGCUGUAAGGAAAGGUGAAGAAGUAGUGGUAAAACUAGACUGGUCAGAGUCGAUGCCCCACCCGGAUGAGAGGGUUGAGUAUGAGUUGUGGACCAACAGCAACGACGAGUGUGGGAUUCGGUGCGACGAGCAGAUGGACUUCGUUAAGAGCUUCAAGGGACACGCUCAAAUACUCGACAAGGGUGGAUAUACCCUCUUCACACCCCACUACAUAACAUGGUAUUGCCCGGAAGCCUUUAUCCUCAGUAGCCAGUGCAAAUCGCAGUGUAUAAAUCGCGGCAGAUACUGUGCACCCGAUCCAGAGCAGGAUUUUGGAUCCGGGUACCAAGGCAAAGACGUUGUGUUUGAGAAUUUGAGGCAGCUCUGUGUGCACAGGGUUGCCAAUGAGAGUAACCGUUCUUGGGUUUGGUGGGACUACGUCACAGAUUUUCAUAUUAGGUGCUCAAUGAAGCAGAGGAGAUACAGCAAAGAAUGUGCUCAGGAUGUCAUCAAUUCUCUCGAUUUACCAAUUGAGAAGAUUAAGAAAUGCAUGGGUGAUCCAGAUGCUGACAUGGAGAACCCAGUUCUGAAGAUGGAGCAAACUCUUCAGGUCGGUCAUGGAUCUCGGGGUGACGUUACCAUCUUGCCCACACUGGUGAUAAAUGAUGUGCAAUACCGAGGAAAGCUUGAACGGACUGCCGUACUGAAGGCUGUAUGUGCUGGGUUUAAGGAGACUACUGAGCCGCGUAUUUGUUUGAGUGCAGAUAUUGAGACAAAUGAAUGCCUUGCUAGGAAUGGAGGGUGCUGGCAGGAUGCAAAAUCAAACAUUACAGCUUGCAAGGACACAUUUAGGGGGAGGGUCUGCAAGUGCCCUAUAGUGAAUGGCGUGCAAUACAAUGGAGAUGGUUACGCAUAUUGUGAAGCUGUGGGAAUGGGGAGGUGUGCGAUAAAUAGUGGAGGCUGCUGGUCAGAAACAAGAAAUGGGAAAACAUUCUCGGCUUGCUCAGAGUCUGAUCUAACAGGUUGUCAUUGCCCAUCUGGUUUCCGUGGGGAUGGUAAUAAAUGUCAAGAUAUUGAUGAAUGCAAGGAGGGUUUUGCCUGUCAGUGCAGCAGUUGCAUCUGCAACAACACUUGGGGUGGAUACGAUUGCCAUUGCAGAGGUGACAAACUGUAUAUAACAGAUCAUGAUGCAUGUAUUGAAAGAAAUGUCUCAACCUUGGGACGGUUCGUUGCCUUGUUGCUCUUGGCAGCCGUGGUGGGGGCUUGCUUUGCUGGUUAUAUAUUCUACAAAUACAGAUUCAGGACUUAUAUGGACUCUGAGAUUAUGGCUAUUAUGUCCCAAUACAUGCCAUUGGACAAUCCCAUGAACAAUAAUAUUCAACCAGCUCAUCCUCGACAUGAAGUUGAAUCUAUGCGGCCUCUUCCACAAAUUUAAG